GGUGGCGUGAAUGAGCUCAGUUCGCUGCAUUUGAAACAAUACAAGAAAAAGAGCAAACGUCGCUUUGUUAUGACGCAGAUGUGUGCAUGACAUUGGUGUGGCGUGAAUGAUCUGAGCAGUGUGAGUUCAGGAUGGCCCUGUCGUUGUCCAGGGCGAUUUUGCCCAAACUGAUGCAGCAGAGGGCUUUCAGUGUCUCAGCAGCUGUGUCCGCUAUUCAGAAGUUAACACGCGUGAGGGUGGUCGACAACAGCGCUCUUGGAAACGCCCACCACCACCGUCCACCAAAAGUCAUUCACGUAUACACCAAGAAUGGAAUAGGUAAAGUGGGAGACAGAGUCUUACUGGCCAUUAAAGGACAGAAGAAAAAAGCUCUCAUAGUGGGUCACAAAAUGCCUGGAGCCCGAAUGACCCCACGCUUUGACUCCAAUAACGUGGUUUUGAUUGAAGAGAAUGGAAACCCCACAGGAACGAGAAUAAAAACUCCUAUACCAACACAUCUGCGCAAAAUGGAGGGGGAAUAUUCGAAACUGUUAGCCAUCGCUCAGCGAUUUGUUUGAAUGGGUGUUUCUGUAUUCUGGGAGAACCAAUCUUAAAAUACGUCUCUUAUCUUUGUAAAUACUAAAGAUUGUUCAUGCCAUUCAGAAAGAAAAAAUAGCUUUCAUGGUUGCUUGUGGAAUAAUUUGUAAUAAAAUAUGUGGAUGAAAUAUU